AUGUCAUCUGGAAGUGUUACUGUCGAAGUUGAAGAAGAAAAAAUAAAAGAACUAUAUUUGGCUGUUAGUCCAAACGGCAAUUUUGCAGUUGAAUUAGUAUUAUUCAAAAAUGAACCGGAUCCCAAAUUGAAAUACAAAUUUCGCAUGUAUGAAAUUAUUAUUAAGUCGGAUCAAGAUGAUAAAGAUGACCACUCGGAUCUGAAUUAUAAUGAUAGUUAUUCGGAUAGAAAAUUUUCUCAUGUUUCUAUCUCCAAAACAUUUAAAUUUACAGAAAAUCAAUAUGAAUUAAUUACAUCUGAAAAUAUAUUGGGUUGGUCUAUUGCUGUAUCAGAAAAAUUUAACGGUCAAAAGCCAUAUAAAUCAGUUGUUAGAUUAUUGGCGAUAUCUUGUAUAAGUAAGGAUGAUAUGUCACCUAAAGGAUACACUAAGAAAAAUGGCUCUAAAAAAGAAGAAACUAAAGAAGACACCAAAAAAAGGGGGACAUCAGGGUUUACCAUCGUUUUUACUAUUAACAAAGAUAAUUCUAUUGGAGAAAAAGUGAAGGAAUUUAACGAAUAUGGCGGAAUAGUCAAAUUGUUUUCAAGAGAUGAUAAGAAGCCAAAUAUGAAGGAGUAUGGCGGAAUAGUUAAAUCGGUUUCAAGAGAUGAUCUCGAUGAGAAGCCGAAUAUGAAAAGAAUCUUUCUUAAUAUUUUAAAUGUCACUGGGAUUUAUAAAAACUUUAUCUUGAAUCCGAAUGUUAAUAAAAUGAUUCAAAGAUUUAAAUAUCCAAAGCGAACAUACAAUGCCCUGAGUUAUAAUAGAAAAAUGGUAGCUGGUUUUAGCAUGAAAUAUAUUACAAGAUGUUUGAAUCAGCAUUAUUUUUUAGUUGAUACUACACAUGAGGGUGCACGAUACAUGGAGCUUUAUGAUUUAAGGACAAACCAAUUA